AACCGACACUAACAGAUCCAUAGACAAAAGUAAUAUAAACUCGGUCGGAUUCUUUGCUGACUGAAUAAGAAGCUAUUUGUUUGAUAUAGUUCACUCAUAGACUGGGAGUUCACUCUUCUGUCAAAGAAUGGAGGGUGCAGAAGCAGGAGUCGACGACACAUUUGAGUCCUUGGAUGAGUUCCAGAUGAUCCUCGGUGAGCUGGUCAGAGACCAAGGUAUGGACAAGGUCCGGGUGGAGUAUGAGAAGCUCCUCCAUGCCCUGAAGAAGUCCAGGGACAACGAGAAGAGGGUGAUGUCUAAAUGCAGAGAGCUGAACGCAGAGAUUGUGUCCAUCUCAACUAAAGUGGCAGCAGCCUUGAAGCUGUCCAAGGAAGAUGAAAGCACAAUUUCUUCACUAAAGAGGGAGCUGGAUAAAGCUUGGAAAACAGUUGAUACUGCUCAUGAUAAGGAGAAACAAGAUAAGGAGAGCAUCAGAAAUUUAAAGGAAGAAGUAGCAAACCUCAUGAAACUGAAUGAACAGCAAACUGGCUUUUCCAUGGACAAAGAGCAAAGUGAGCUGCUAAGAGUAAAUGAGGUGUUGAGUAAGGAGAGAUACCAGCUGCAGACAGAUGUGGAGGAUCUGAGAGAGAAACUGAAGCAGGCCAACACAACCCAGCAGGAGACAGAAGCCAAACGGGACGCUGGGUUAGAGAGCAUCUCUCAGCUCCAGCAGGAGCUACAGAUGCAGCAGAAUGAGAUUUCCCGUGAGAUGAGGUUUAAGGAGAAGCUGGACAAGGAGGUGAAGCUGCUGCACGUCGACGUGGAGGCAAAGAUGGGGGAAAUUAAAACUCUCAAUAUGCAGGGCCAAAAAGCGAAAGAGGAACAGCAGAGACUGGAGCAGCAGCUGAAAGACCUCAAGGUCCUGAAUGAACGGACCACGAAGGAACAGGAGCAGACGCAGGUGAAGAACAGUAAACUGCAGCAGGAGUGUGAGCAGCUCUCAUCAGUUAAAGAACAGCUCUCCCUGGAGAACCAGCAGACCACAAAUGAGCUCAAGCUUAGAGAAGAGGAGGUGAAUCACAUGCGUCAGGAGCUGGCAAAACAAACAAAAACGAGAGAAGUCAUCCAGAAGAAGUUCCACCAGAUGGAGGAUCAGAAAGCUGAGGUGGACAUGCAGAGGGAGACCCUGAAAGCUCAGAUGGCUGGACUGGAGAAAGAUCUUGAAUCAUCUAAGAAGCAGGUGGAAGUGGAUAGAAAAGCCUUAGAGGAACUGAUCAGAGAGCGGGACAUUUUAAAUAAGACCAUAAUCAAAGCUACACAGUCGUCUGAGAAACAGCAAAAUGUGGUGAAGCUCCUCGAGCAGGACAAGAAGACCUUAGAACAUGAGAUCAAUGGAUACCGCCAGGAGGCGCAGAAGCAACUCAAAAUCAUCCAGCAGCUGGAAAAAGAGCGGGACCGUUACAUCAAUGAGACCAGCAGCCUCAUGCAGAAGGUGCAGCAGAAGAUGAGUGACGUUGAAGUGAGAGAGAAUGAGAUAUUUGACUGGAGGAAGAAAGUCACUGAGGCUGAGUGCAAACUCAAACAGCAAGAGAACCUGCUGGAGAGCAUCGUUUCUGAGAGGAACCUCUACAGCAAAAACCUAAUCGAAGCUCAGGAAGGGAUUGCAGAGAUGAAGAGAAAGAUAAGAACGAUGAACAACCAGGUCACCAGACUGAGAGAUGAGAUCAGUGGGAAGGAGCUGGCCCUUGCUAAAGAUCAGCAGGAACACAAGCGCCUAGAGAAAGACAACGAGGCGCUCAAGGUGGAGCUGCAGACAAUGAGGCUCCAGCUUGAAGAAACGAAGCAGCAUGUCGACAGUCAAAAAGCAGAACAGCAAAAACUGCAGAAGAUCAUAGCCGAUGCUGACGCUGAGCAGAUUCAACAGAAGAAGCAACUGGAGCAGGUAAUAAGAGAGCGGGACAGCCUGGGUAAACAGCUGCUCUGCCACAACGAUGAGCGGGCUCUGCUGUACGAGAAGAUUAGGAUCCAACAAUCCAUUCUGAGCAAGGGGGACUUCCACUACAGCCAGAGGACAGAGGACGUUCGCCUGCUCAAGAUCGAAAUCAAGAGACUGCAACGCAAGAAGAGCAUCCUGGACAAGACUGUACCCAACACUGAGGACCUGAGGCGAGAGCUGUUCCACCAGCAGAGGGAGCUGCUGAGAGAGAGGAUGAGAAACAGCAUCCUGGAGGAUCAGCUGAAGCCCAUAAACAUCCACAGAUGGAGACGACUGGAGGGCAGUGACCCCGACAAAUAUGAACUCAUCCAGAAGAUUCAGUCCUUACAAAAACGACUCAUCUCCAAGACACAAGAGCUGGAGGAGCGUGAACUCCUUUUACAGGAGAAGGAGAAGCUGUAUGUGGAGCUGAAGCACAUUCUGGCCCGUCAGCCGGGUCCAGAGGCAGUGGAGCAGCUCCAGCAGUGUCAGUGGAACCUCAGAGAAAGAACCAAGAAACUAAAGGCACUGAUCGCCGAGCUGAGGAUGCUCGACUCCAAGAUGAACGAGUACAAAAGUGAGAAUCAAAGUUUAGCUAAUGAGCUGGCAAACAUCAAGAAGAAAUACCUGAGUCAGAAAAAACUCUACAGUGAGCAGAGGGCAAAUACAAAGGUGGAGCAGCUGGAGCCUCUGCCUCAGCUCAGCAGCAAACCUCACUUCACAGGGGGGGGCUUCAGGAUCGACAACCCUGUGAGGAGACAGUGACCAGUGUGGCAAGGUGGAGGGGGGCGGCACUAAGAGAAAAAAGAAAAUAAGCCUUUGCGUAUAAUAUCAUGAGAACUUCAAACACCUGUUCCUGAAGUGAACACGACCUCUGACAUAGUGGAAGCAUUAGAUUGAUCUAUGACUUACAUCAUGCUGUGAUGUCAGGAUAUAAACGUCCUAAUAAUCUGGAUAAUCUGGCUUCAGUGUUAAUUACAGCUUCCAUUUAUUCUACUCAUCAUUGCAUCAUGUAUGAAAGAAAGGAGAGUUGCACAAAGCGCUACUGUUUUCUACUCAACGUAAAUCAUGAUUACAAACUACUCUUCUGCUGAAUGUACCUGAUUCACUCUAUUUCCUGUUUGUUUGUUUUGUUCAUGCUGAUUUUAAAUGAUGUGAAUGUGUGUAUUUAUUUUCUUUACCCAUGCCUCCUCCGGCCUUAAAUAAGUGUUGAAUGUGUUGGGGCGAUUAGUAGACCGACCUAUGACCUGCUUUGACAGGACUGCUUUCACUUUUGAAUAAAUGAAGUUAUACUUUCUGA